UUCAAAAACCCUUGCGGAGAAUGGCUGAACCGACGCAGCACACAUUUAAAUCCUCCCAGGAUGCACUGCAAGACCUGCGCCCUGGUCACGAGUUCGGGUCACCUGAUUGGAGGAGGUCGGGGGGAAGAGAUCGACCAAUCAGAGUGUGUCAUCCGGAUGAACGACGCUCCCACCGCCCGGGGUUUCGCCCGAGACGUGGGCCGGCGCACGUCCCUGCGCGUGGUCGCUCACUCCAGCAUGCAGCGCGUCCUGAGGAGCCGCCACGAGCUGCUGAACGCCAGCCAGGACACCGUGUUCAUCUUCUGGGGCCCCAGCAGCUACAUGCGGCGCGACGGGAAGGGCCUGGUGUACAACAACCUGAGGCUGAUGAACCAGGUGCUGCCCAAACUCAAAGUCUACAUCAUCUCCUGGCAGAAGAUGCUGCAGUUCGACGAGCUCUUCAAGAAGGAGACCGGCAAGGACAGAAGAGUCUCUAACUCCUGGCUGAGCACCGGCUGGUUCACGAUGACCAUCGCCCUGGAGCUGUGUGACCGGAUCAACGUGUACGGCAUGGUGGCCCCCGACUUCUGCAGGGAGCCGCAGCAACACUCCGUCCCGUACCACUACUACGAGCCGCGGGGUCCAGACGAGUGCGCCAUGUACAUCUCCCAUGAGCGCGGGCGGAGGGGCAGCCACCACCGCUUCAUCACAGAGAAGAGGGUCUUUGCUAAGUGGGCUCGGACUUUUGACAUCCACUUCUACCAGCCCGACUGGACACCCCCUCCGCUCCCAGCCAACCAGACUCUAGAAGCCACAGCCACCGCGGCGCCCCUGGUACCCCAGAAGACGUGACCUGUGUUGGGAGGGAGAAAAGUACUUUAGAGAUUCAUCUAGGAAAAAGACUAAAGAUGGGGAAGUGUUUGCAUUGAAGGCUGCUGGACACUUAUCAGAGAAGGAUGAAACAUGAAGAAGGCAAGAUAUAGUUACCACAGAAGAAGAAUCCUGCUGGAUGUUUGGUGCGAACAUUUCUCCAGCUCCAGCAGUGUGUUCGGUUUACUGAGUUCAAAGUUGAACAUCCAUCGUACAACUUUGUAAAGUGAUUUUAUACAAAGAGAAACAUCAUUACACACUCUCAAUGCAUGCAGUGUCUUACUGUGGAUCCUCCUCGUGUGUGUGUAUCUGUGGGUGUGUGUGUGUACCUGAGGGAUCGCAGCGGAUACUAACUUGAGUUUGGGCUCUCCACAAAGCCUCUGCUGGAUGAAGGACCUUUGCAGAAUUCAAGGCUCACAGUGCUCUGAAAGAAAAAUACCAUUGCAAUGUACCUAAUCUAACAAUGUGGUGCUGGAGACAGUGCCACAUGAAUAACUAUAAUAGUGUAGUUAAAGUCCAAGUAUGAUUCAUCACCAUAAUUCUCUCUGUACUCAAAAUGUGAAGAGGUCAAGUUGGAUCCGAUUCUUUGUGCCGUGCAACAAAUCCGGUAUGAAUCACUUUUCUGACUUUCAUUUUGACUACCUUUCAGAUGUGCGCAUUGUAAACUCACAAGUGUCAAACAAGUCAAACUUUGCACCGCGCCUGAGUGACAUACUGGAAAGUUUUUAUCUCGUGUGUGUGUGCCUCCUGGCCCGUACGUAUGUAUCAUAAGGCCUUGUGGGCUCCUGUCAGCACCUAAUAGUGCAAUUUAUAAAGCUACAAGCCAGAUUUCCAUGUAAAUACACAGCCAUGUCACACAAGACAAGUGGGAGAUUAAAAUGGAGAGCAGGGAUGCAGCGGCGCCAUCCAUCCUACUCUACAGCGCCUGUAUCUCCUCGCAGGAAAAUUGCAGUUUUUUGUUAAACUGAUGAGUAUGUGAUGUGUCCGUCUUCUCGUCUCUUGAUUGUGUUGUAUAGCACUCUCCUCUCAUUUGAUGGAGUGUAUGCGGCUUGUAGACUAGCCCUUCCUCUAUCUGAGAUCCUCUAUUUUCUCCUCCAUGAAUAAGAAUCAGGUGUCUGCAGAAAGUGUAGAGACCUGUGCUUAUCUUAAUGAUUCUGGUCCCAAGUCCGUAUUGAUUUCCCCCUCAUCUCUGUAAUGUAAGUAAUGAGAGGAGGAAUGCCGUGGGUCAGACACAGAGGCGCUCACACAUCGUAGACGCGGCGAUUACUUUUCAUCCAUCACAAAGAGCUGCAGGAGUGAUGCUACUGUACUGAGAGUCCUGCUGCUCGAGGAGAGACACAGAGAUGUGUUGGUUUACUCAUCUGUGUGCACAGCAGUGUUUAUCAGCGGAGUGAUACACACACUCAGCUUGUCUUUUUGGGCUGCAAGCUAUUUUCAUUUUAGAUUAAUUGUUGAAUGUCAGAAAUUAGUCACCAUUUCCCGGAGCCCAAGGUGACAUUUUCAGACUGCUGCUUUUGAACAAACAACAGACAAAGAUAUUAAAUUGGUAUAACUGUAUAACAGAGAAAAGCCUCACAAUCAACAAGGUGACACCAGUGAACACUAUGUUUCAUGCUUCAUGGAUAAGGUUUGGUAUUACUCUCUUCAUGCAGAUAUUCAGUUUGACUUAUCUCUCAUAUCUGUACAGUAACAAUGUAGCUGAAGCCAGCAGAUGCUUACAGUAGCUUAGCAUGAAGUGAAAAUUGAAAGACAAGACCAUUGGCUGUUUUACCGGGGGCUUACAUGCCUGACUACUUUUAGUCCCAGCCAAAAGCACUAAAGAUAAAACAUCAACCUGUGUUUUAUAGAAGAAAACUUAAAAUAUAAUGUACUACCUAGUGAUCUUUGGAUGGUGGUGUAAUAUAACCAAGUAUAUUAACUAAGUACUGUCAUAAGUAAAGUACAAGUAUGUCAAACUUGUACUAGAGUAUUCCUCUGUUAUACUACUUUCUGCUUAUAUUCCAAGGAGGGAAAAGUUAUUUGACGCUUAUCUCAAUUUGGCUCUUCAUUGAUGAAUCCCUUAAAUACUGUCUCGUGUAUGUUGUAUGUUAUAAAAACAGAAUUAUAUAAAAUCCUACCGCAUUGAGAGGAGCCAUCAUGCAGAUCGCUGUCUUUUCCUUCUGAUACUUUAGGUAGAUGUUGCUGAUAAAACUAGUUAAGUAACAUCUUGAAUUCUGAACAUUUAUUUGAGUAUUUUUAGGACUAUUUUAUAUUUGAACUGAUAUAGGAUUUUAAUCCGUCUUCCACCACUGCCUGGCUCUCAUUUCUGUUUCUAUGCUAAGCUAACCAGCUGCAGACUCAGCUGCAUAUUUACUGUACAGACAUGACAGUGGUAUCAAUCUGUACUCUCAGAAGAAGUCCCAUUUAUCAUGUCGAACAUGCCUUUCAAAGGGUUACUCAACUGUUAAAAAUGUAUUUCCUUUUGAAGGACUAAUUGACUAAUAAUUUAGCACUGAUGUUGUUAAUAGGAUUUGUUUGCACAUGAUGGAAAUGUGUCAUUCCACUCAAUAAAAGAUGUUUACCAACA